GAGGGCGGCAAGGACCGGGCACAGCUCUGCACGCCCGUCAGCGCGGUCCCGUUCGCCGACCUGAUCGGCAGCGACCUCAACUCGAUAAACGGGUUUUUCAAGUGCCGUUGCAGCAGAUACAGAACCAAGGCUGGCUGGCUCCAGGACAGACCCGCUGCUGGACGAGGCUGUGCCCAGCACCAACAGAGACAACUGCUCUGGGAUAAAAGAUUUCAGAAGAGGCAAUAACCCCUGUGCAACUGCAGUGGAAGAAAGAAGUGAGAAUAAGUGAGAGAAACAACUGCAGACAGUGAAGAAGGAGGUGCUGGAGCAGAGAUUCUCCUGUAGCCCAUGAUCUGAGUGCUGAGUCAAACCCUUCACCUCACAGGAAGCACUUUUUAAGAUCUAAUCAACCUAAAAAACCUCAGUCAUCACUGUGAGAUCCCUUGUAAGUACACCUCUGUGUGUGUGUGUAUGUCAGCUUUUGCAUGAGCAUGUUCAAAGGAAAAAUGGUUUUUUGGUACUCACUAAGAUUUCCCAACUGAUGUCUCUUAAGAAUUAAAACUGAUUUUUAUGAGGAUAGAAAUGCGAUUAUCUUUUAAAUUACUACAAAUAGGUACAAAUUAGCUGAAUUUUCUGUUUUUAUAAACAGUUUUUAAAGUAUUUAAAAUAACUUGAAAUUCCAAACUGAAAGCAAUGCAACCUUCUCUCAAAUUAGCCAGUUCUCGAUUAUGAACCAGUAGUGUUUCACAAUAAGACCACUUCUGAACAAGCUCCUGUGGAGCCCAAAGAAAAGCUGUGAUACUGUCUCAUUGUGUUAAAUAGUUUGCAGUACUCUGACGACUCUGCUUUUUAUCCAAGUCAGCGUGCCUGGUCGUAUGAUCAUUGUUGGAAGGUGAGGAGCCUCCGGAGUUCCCCCUGGGGUUUGUUUUUAACUUGUAGCGUUAUGUGUAACCAUGGGUGUGUCCUGACAUUUCCUUACCAUGUCUUGGAGCAAUGGGUUGUCUGAAAUGCAAGUUCAACUGCUGUUUUUGGAGCACUGAAUUAACUGGAAUGGAAGCACAAGAUUUGUGUUAUAAACCAAUUGCCCUUCAUUUUAGAGAACUGGAGCCUUGGGAAGUAAACUGUUCUCUUUUCUGCUGAGGUUGAUUGUGAGGUUAACCAGAGAAGAAUAAGCAUGUACAUUUUGAGAAGAAUGUAGCAUUCAUAUUUUUUUAUAAAAAUAAAUAUGCAGAAUACUUUCAUCCAUACAAGUCUGAGCUCAGUUUAGCUUAGUUUAUUAUACUACCAUUCAAUAGUACUUUUAUUCUGUAGUUGUAAUUACAAAAUUAAUGUGGUGGUCAUGCUGUUUUAAAUAUCUACAGGUCUCUCAGUCUUAUAUUAAUUAAAGCUGUUGAUAUUGGCAACAACACAACUGCUAAUGUUGAAAUUCUCAUUAAGUAACCCACCGACUUAACUGAUUUCUGUCUGCUGUUUGUAGCAGUCAUUUUGUUUAACCUGAGAUGUUAAUUGUAGCCUCCCUCAUCACCUGAGGGUGGCAGAUAUAUUAAAAAAGGUGUAUUUUGAGGUGUGCCUCCAUUCUUUUAAUUCUUGAUGGAGCCCUGAGAAUUUCCCUAUUCUCACCCAUUCUGUUUAUCAGACGGUGGCCAGGACAGCCUGGGCUCUGUGACUGUGGUUGUCAGUGUCACUGGUUCCCCUGCCUGCCUGAGCUUCUGCCCUUGCUUAGUGCACCUGUGCCUUCUGUUUUCAGCAGCCUGGGUGAUGUGUUAGCAGGCUGUGUUUGCACAGCAGCCAGGUGAAGAUAACCACCCCUCUCUCACAUGCCACUGCAGACUGCUCCCAGGCCAGCGGGCUGGCCAUGACUGGGGUUGCUGUGAUGGUUUUGUUCUUCCCCCACUCACCACCAGUCCUUAUUUAGGCCCAGUUCUCCUUAAUGAGGAUAGAUUUCUGACGUGCAGACAAAAUCUUGCCAAAUUGCGCUUUAUUUUAAAUUGAUUUAAAUUGGUCAAAUUUUGUACUGUUUUCCAUACUUGGAGUUUGAAAUGCAUGUAUUGAAGUAGUUUUGAAACUGGAAAAGCAAAUCUGCCUAAUCCCUUUCCAGGAGUCUGACAUUCAGAGUUUAAAAGUAAAAGAUUAAAAAUUCAGUUGCUGGAGCAAAGUUAAUAAAGCAGUUUUGGAAUAUUAUAUAAUUUUUAGAUUACAGCGUGUAGACUUUUGAGUCUAUAUACUAGUUUUUUAGUACAUCAAGAUACAUUUUAAUCUGAAUAGAAGUUGAUAGAAUAUUCUGAAAAGCAGUUAAGCAAUCUGCUGUACCUUUCCUCUGUAGUACAAAUAUUUAGUGGGAAAACAAUGUUGACCUUUCCCAUAAUUACACAAUUGUAUCAUUACUCAAGUAGCUUAAACACAAUAUUAUGUUGAGAAGGACAGACUUCAUCUCAACAGUCCUGAACUAUUCAAACAAAAUAGCGGGGAAAAGCCUGUGAAAAGUAAAUAUUUGCAUUUGUGGAUGCAAGAAAUAAGUAUGGAAAAGAUUUAUCCUGUUUCAUCCCCAAAGCUGUUUGUUCCCUGUUCUAUUGUGCAGUAAUGCUUAUGAAGUGGGCUCUUAGAAUGAUUAAAACUAAUUAACAGACUGUGUAAUAUUACUAAUUUAAUUAUUUUUUUCUUUCUUUUUCCUGCUCUCUGCUUGGCACUGGUUUUCACCCAUAGGUGUCUACUGUUGGCUCCCAAAGGUUACUAAAAUUUUUGCAGCUGCUCUGAAUCAGCACUACCCAAGCUUCACCUACUGUUGCUUGUCCCUACACCACUCUGCACUGCUGCCUUGCUCUUGCCUGCUUCAGAACUCCAUAAGAGAGUUUCCUUUUUAAAAACCCACAAUGAAAUUUAGGCUAGAAAUAUAUACCAUUUUCCUGCUGCCUGUGUACUUGUUGAUCUGGUUGUACAGUAUGCUGGUAUUUAUUCCCUGGUAUUUUCUUACCAAUGCCAAGAAGAAAGAGGCUAUGGCAAAGCGGUUAAAAGCUAAACCCAUCUUGGACAAGCCAGGGAGCCCCUACCGCUCUGUCACUCACCUGGACUCACUAGCAAACAUAAACAUCCCUGGAGCAGACACACUGGACAAGCUCUUUGACCAUGCUUUAGCAAAGUUUGGGAAGAACAACUGUCUUGGAACCAGGGAAGUUCUGAGUGAAGAAAAUGAAAUGCAACCAAACGGAAAAGUAUUCAAAAAGUUAAUUUUAGGAACUUACAGAUGGUUGUCCUAUGAAGAAGUAAAUGAGAGCAUUACUUGCUUGGGGAAUGGACUGACUGCCCUGGGACUAACCCCGAGAAGCACCGUUGUCAUAUUUUGUGAGACCCGAGCUGAGUGGAUGAUUGUAGCUCUCACCUGCUUCAAGUACAACUUCCCUCUUGUCACUCUCUAUGCCACCCUGGGUGAAGAGGCAGUGACCUAUGGUCUCAACGAGUGUGGAGCCUCAUAUCUGGUCACGAGUGUGGAACUCCUUGAGAGCAAACUUAAGACUGCACUGCCACAAGUCUCCUGUCUGAAACAUAUCAUUUAUGUGGACACGAAGACAGUAAAUAAAUCUGAAUACCCUGAAAACGUGGAGAUUCAUAGUAUGCAGGCAGUAAAAGAGCUGGGAGCCAAACCAGAAAACUCAAGCAUUCUGCCAAGCAGACCUGUUCCUACAGACUUGGCUUUAGUAAUGUACACCAGUGGCUCUACUGGGAGACCCAAAGGAGUGAUGAUGAUGCAUAAAAACUUAAUAGCUGGAAUGACAGGACAGUGUGAGAGAAUACCUGGACUGGGACCCAAGGACACUUAUAUUGGUUAUUUGCCUCUGGCCCAUGUGUUAGAACUGACAGCAGAAGUUUCCUGCAUCACUUAUGGCUGCAGGAUUGGUUACUCCUCUCCUCUCACUCUGUCGGAUCAGUCAAGUAAAAUUAAGAAGGGAAGCAAAGGAGACUGUACUGUACUUAAGCCUACACUGAUGGCAGCUGUGCCUGAAAUAAUGGACAGAAUUUAUAAAAAUGUCAUGAGUAAAGUUCAAGAGAUGAACUAUAUUCAGAGAACUCUGUUCAAGAUAGGCUAUGACUACAAAUUGGAACAGAUCAAGAGAGGGUAUGAUGCACCUCUGUGUAACAUACUACUGUUUAAAAAAGUGAAGGCCCUGCUGGGAGGGAAUGUCCGUAUGAUGCUUUCUGGAGGAGCACCACUCUCACCUCAAACACAAAGAUUCAUGAACGUCUGUUUUUGCUGUCCUGUUGGUCAAGGCUAUGGACUGACAGAAACGUGUGGAGCUGGAACCAUUACAGAAGCUGCUGAUUAUAGCACUGGCAGAGUUGGAGCUCCCCUUAUUUGUUGUGAAAUAAAACUGAGAGACUGGCAAGAAGGGGGCUACACUAAUAAAGACAAGCCUAAUCCUAGAGGAGAAAUUAUAAUUGGUGGACCAAAUGUCUCCAUGGGAUAUUUUAAAAAUGAAGAGAAGACAGCAGAAGAGUUUUCUGUUGAUGAGAAUGGCCAGAGAUGGUUCUGUACAGGAGAUAUUGGGGAAUUUCAUCCAGAUGGGUGUCUGCAGAUCAUAGAUCGGAAGAAGGACUUGGUAAAGCUCCAAGCAGGAGAAUAUGUAUCUCUGGGCAAAGUAGAGGCAGCACUGAAGAACUGCCCACUGAUUGACAAUAUCUGUGCUUAUGCCAAAAGUGAUCAGUCCUACGUGAUCAGUUUUGUGGUCCCUAACCAGAAGAAGCUGACAGCAUUGGCUGAGCAGAAAGGCAUCAGUGGAACCUGGGUGGACAUUUGUAACCAUCCUACAAUGGAAGCAGAAAUACUGCAAGAGAUUAAAGACAUGGCAAACAAGAUGAAAUUAGAAAGGUUUGAAAUACCCAUCAAGGUCCGGUUAAGCCCUGAACCGUGGACCCCCGAGACUGGGUUAGUAACAGAUGCUUUCAAGCUGAAAAGGAAAGAACUGAAAAACCAUUACCUCAAUGACAUUGAAAGAAUGUACGGAGGCAAAUAAACAGCUCUGCUGACCUGGCAGUUGUGCAGGUGGUUCCUUCUCAUGCCUCAGUUUUGGAUGUCUGUGUAUACUGUAGAUAUCACACAUUCAAAAAAUACACCAAAUGGAUGACUGUUUCUAUAAUCUCCAUCAAGUAAAAGAGAGUAUAUCUUAGACUUCAAAUUCUUAAUUAUUAUCAGAUUAGAUACUGAUGGUCUUCAGAGUUUCGUGUGAUCAUCUCCAGUUUUGAGACAAACAUCAUUAUGUGAAGUAGUGUGACCAGGUAAUUUUAUUGUUUCUCUAGCACAUUCAGACUGCUGACAACUUCUCUUUAACUCGUGCUGAAGUUUGGCCUAUAUUUCAAAGAGGAAAAAAUAAUGUAAUUGUGAUUAUUCUUCUGUCAAGUGUCUUAUUAAGACACUUGUAAUAAGAUACUUCCCUCUAGCAAGGAGGGAAAAGGAGUAUCUAAUGUCUACCCUUCUCCAUUGAAAAACAAAACCAAGACAACAGCAGUAGUCAAGAACUUGCUAGAGAUCACUAAAACCGCACUGCUUGAGAGUGGGUGGGUUCUUCUGCACAUCAGUAUCUUGAAUAUUUACAGUGCCUACAAAAGAUUAGAAAGUACACUUACUGAAACAAAGGUGAACUAAAAAGCUUUCUACAAACAAGUGUUAUAAGAAAUCUCACUCGAGAGCAUUGAAUUAACUGUAUUUCAAUGUCCAGCUCACCAAACAGAGUGUAAAAGAAAACAAAGACUUGCACUGCUCUGGGGGUGCUGGUGAGAAAUCAGUGCCUGAAUGCAGAACUUGCAUCUGGACUAGCAGACAGCUGUGAAACUGAUGGGCAGUGGUCUCUAAACAGACUUGAAACUCAGAGGAGUUUUGGUGGAGUUUUUUGAGAGGCGAUGGAUGUUUUUAAGGCACUGAUUCUCUAGACGUGAGUACUGGUACAGGUUACCUGGACAUAACCUAGAGGAUCAGGUUUUAAAUGUCUGCAUUCCUUUAUGGAAGGUAUUUCCGUUCACCUUUUAAUUGUGCUAAGCAUGACAAGGCAACCAGAAACCAACAGGAGUUUUCCCUGUCCAGUUUUGUUUUACUUACAGAAAAGUAGUCUGUGGCCAGGCAAUCUUAGUUUCCUGGAAACUUGUAAAAAGGGACAAAUCACUCUUUCCAGAAAUUCAUUAUAAAAUGUUCUCUUAUUAACUGGAAGCAAAGAAGGAGGGCGAUAUAAUUUAAUAAUAGUUCAUCAUUUUGUGUGCCGAAUCCUGUACCGUGUCUUCUGAAUUGUAACUGAGCUUCUGCAUCCUUGCCAGCUCUUCACACUUGAACCAUAAGUGCUGUAAAAAGUGGAGGCUCUUGAUACUGUUCUACUUUGCACUUUCUUAAUCGUUUUAUAUAUGUUGCUUACAUUUUGUACAGCUGUAGCCCUCGACUGCUCUGUAUUGCAAAUUAAUUUGAAAGUAUUUAUAGAUUUCUAUUCAUAAUAUUUGUAUUGUGUAUAUUAUGGUUAAAAAUAAUUUGGCAUUGUCACUGUACAGAAAGUAAAAGAUUUUGUAUGUUGCUUCUCUUGAACACACAAGCUUGCAGUUUCAGGACAAGUUUUUCUUUUUCUGCAUGUAUAUGUAUUAUUUUCCAGUUAAAAUAGACUUUGGCAAAAAUAAAUAAUGGCUCUACACUCUUCAAGUAAACAAUCCCUUCUCCUGGGGACCAACUUCAGACUUCACCAUGCAUUAAUUUUCUCUGGCUAGUCCAGAACACUGCCAGCUCACCUUUCAAGAACCCGAAGGGAAAAGAGAGAAAGAAAAUCUGGUAUAUGAAGGUGACAGUAUCCAGCUGUGCUUGGAACUACAAGAGUCACUAAAUGAAACAAAAAAUUAGCUUUUCUAAAAAAAUAUUUUUUUAAGAUACAGACAGGUUUUGUUUUUUUUUUUUUUUUUUUGUUUUUUUGGGGGUUUUUUUGUUUGUUUGUUUGUUUUUUGGUUUUUUUUUGUCAACAGGGAAUACUUCCUAUAUCAGUAGCAACUUUUAAAAUUACUUGGUCCUAGACCCAUGGUACCAAUUUUUCCACGUUUUAAAACUGGUCUGUUAAUAGCCUUUAGUCAGCCUAUUAGCAUCACAAAAGUGAAAUACACGUAAGAAAGAUACUUACACUUGAGUCUGUCAGCAGGUUAUAAGACUUUUUUUUUUUAAAGCCAUGAAUGUAUUUAUAUGAAAUGUGUUUUAUUUUUUGUGUCUUGGUUGACUGAGGAUCACUAUUUUCAAAAUAUGUAUACACACUUACACAAUGUUAACAUUUCAAAAGUGGAAUACAGCUUAAAUGGUUCAACAGCUUUGUGUUUCAGAAUAUCUUUGUAGUACACAGGCUCCUUGUUCCUGUUCUGUGCCUCACAUUCUGUCUAAAACUGAGCCUACCUUACAAAGACUACUCAAAAGCAGCAGCAGUGAGUCCAUACAUCAGGUAAUAAAAAUCAAGCCUCCAGCAGACCUGGUUUUACUUGUAAAGAAUGAACUAGAGGUGGAUGUACUGCAAAAGAGAAUUUGCUACAUCAUCAGCUUUUCAACCACCUUUGGAGAAGGGGAAGGAUUACAUCAGGCUCCCUUCAAAUACAGGAACUGUUUGCAAAUCCCUUGCAGUGGGGCAAGAACUUUAUCUUUCAUUAGAAUGAAUUCUAAAUCCUUUUUGUGACAGCUUGUGGAGGAGAAAGAGAAUGAGCAAGAAUGCUUAAUUCUUGCUAUUAAAAAGAAGAAACUAGGAUGGAGAUGAGAGAGUAAAUCACUUCAAAUCAUGUGAUAGUUACAGAUGUUAAAGGUGCUGUUUAUCUUGUGCUGGGCUGAAACGAUGUACCCUGUGGGACUGAAAUGUGGGGGAAAGGUUCAUGUGCUCCUGAGGGUUCUGGAAUGCUGGAAGUUCUUCAGAAAGCAGGUUAAGAAUUUUAAAUCAUCCUUCUAAGACUGAGGAAACAAGGUCAAAGAGAAACAAAAUUCAGUUUGGACAUAUCUUGUGUAAGAUUAUAUUUAGGCCUUCUACCUCCAAGUACACUGUCAAGAUGUCUAAAGCCAGAGUGUAGCUACCCCAACAGGGGGACUAGAAAGCUUUAGCUGUGAAGGAAGAUUAGAGGGGUCUAGCUGGCCUGAGGAGGAAUGGCACGUGCCACAAGAUGAUUAACCUGCCACUCCAUGUACAGCUGCUCUGACAAAGGCACAGAGCUGGCCCCUGGGAAAGAGGAAGAACAGGGUGAAAGUUUGCAUGAAGUGAAAUGGAUGAUUUAGUGUUUUAAAAGAAACACGGGAUUUUUAACCAAUUCCUUACUAAAUACUGAACUAAUUGCCCAAGAUCUUUCCCACUGAAAAUCUUCAGAGCCUCAGUGUCAAUGAGAGUUCAGCAAAGCCUUUGAGGAACAGCCUUGGCACGACCCAUGGGUGGGGCUGGCAGGGACAGGUCCUGGCCAUGACACAACGGGAAUGGUGCCUGCAACAGGUACAGAUGUCAUUAAGUGGCUUAAAAGGGGGAAAAAAUGAGCCUAAAGAGGGAGAGGAAGGAGUUACUCCCUUAGGAACAGGUGAGGUGGUGUGUAGUACUAUUGUAAACCACCCCACACAGUCACAGUGACAGCCACUCAGAGCAUCACCUGCAGGGUGCUGCCUGCCAGCUCCUCCAGCACAAACUGCAAUUUCCAGCACACUGGCAGGCUAUAAAAGGAACAGAACACCAGUUCAGAAUGUGGGUCACUCAUUUUCACUAGAUAAAAAAAAAAAAAAAAACAAAAAACAACCUUAAUCUACCACAUCUCAGAACAAUAGUUUCAAAUAACUGUGUUGUAUUCUAACAAUAAAUUAGUGUUGUUUUGCAAUUACAUGCAAAACAAGAAAUAAAUUCUUACUGUGUAUUUGGUUU